AUGCUUAAUGAGAAUACUGCCAAAGAUAAUAAUACUACCCAACCAUCACAACAAAAGAAGAAAAGUAUAUUAAAGCGUCAAUCCCUAACAACGGAAGAAUCUAUUCCAAAUAUUGCAACUACCGUUACUACAGGCCUACCUAAUGGUGCUAAGCGAUUUCUACUACCUUCAAAGUUUAACCUAUCAAAAAAUGAUGUCCUUCUUUCGAGGGAAAACAAUACUACUUCUAGGAUAAACACUACAAAGUUGCAAGCCAAAUUGAAAAACAUGAAUAAUAAAAUUGCUGCUGAGGGAAAGAAAAGGAGACGUGUUUCGUUUGCACCAGAUGUUACUUUGCAUACGAUAGAUUUUAUUUCUUUAUCUAGACAGCCAACUAACAUAGAUACCAGUGUAACAACAAAUGGUGUUAGUAAAAGUAUUAAUCUUGAUAAUAUUAACAAAAAUUACAAUACUAAUAAUGAAACUAGUAAAAUAAGAGCUAUAGAGGACAAAGGACAAAACUACGAUCAAAACAGUAUGUCUAUAGGCAAUAAUCAUAACUAUAUUAAUAAUUCGGAUGAAGAGACUAAUACAACAAUGGAUUUUACUAAUCCCAUUGGCCAAAUAUUUGAAUUGCCUAACAAAAUACCUGAAAUCAAACAUGUUACUAAUGCUAUCAAAAAUGGUGAUGAAAGUAGUACUACUGCUAAGGAUGAACAAGAACCACAACAAGAAGUAGACCAAACUAGUAAUGUUACGUUAUCAAUGGAGAUUACCAAGUUGUUUACCAAUGAAAAUAGGAAUAUUUUGGAUGAUAACUCAAAAGACUAUGAAAAAGAGCCAAAUAGAGUACCAAGUACCUCGUUUAUUGAAAAUGUUAAUGGUAAUGGCAACAAUACAAGUAAUCAAAGUCUUACCACAAUGGAACUUACCAAUUUAGACAAUCUUGAUGAUUUGGCGCACAAAGAUGAGGAAAACAGAAUACUGAAUUCACAACGAUCAAACGUGAAAAAUAUUCAUGGACAGGAGGCUGUAGACAUGGGAGAGGAAACUAUGGAUUUUACAAAAGCAUUUACUACUAUUCAUAAUACUGAUAGCUACGCUAAUGACAAUAGUAUUCCUAUCAUUAAUAAGAUUAAUACUGGCAUUAGUAGCAUUAAUAAUAAUAAUAAUAAUAAUAAUAAUAAUAAUAAUGAUAGUAAUGGUGAUAAUGAUAAUAAUAAUGACGAUACUAAUAGUGAAUCAGAGAUUUUUGCUGAUAAUAAACCUUUACUGUUAAACAAUAAGAAUUUUUUAGUUUUGGAAAAGGAUCCUAGUUCAAGCACCUUUUUAUCCCAGCCAUUAUUGCCAGAACAAUUGAGUUCAUUUAAGCUAUCACAAAUGGUUACUUCUACACAAAAUCAGUCACAAAAAGCUGUGAUGGAAGAACCACAAGCAGCUGUUUCAGAAAACAAUAGCCAUGAAAAAAGUGUUGCUGUCAAAGAUUCCAAAGAAAUGGAUGAUAAUGAACUGGAUAACAACGACUUAAGUUUUGAUGAAAAAUUAUCUCCUAUACCCGUUUCUCAUCCAUUUUCCCCAACAAAAGAAAUUAAAAGGAUAUCGUUAGAGACUCCAAAAGACUCUUUGGAAUUUAUUCAUUCUAAAAUAAACCAUAAUGAACGCAUAGAUAUUAAUAAACAGGAGGGUGACACUGACAAUGGGACACAAGAAAAUAAGACUACCAAAAAUAAGCUGGAUUUUUUUUUGAAAGAAAUAGGUAUUGAAUUACCACAACUUGCCAAAGACAAAUCAACUAACACGAACGCCAGUUUUUCCACAAGUAAUAUCACUAGAUUAUACAAAUACUAUAAAGACAUGAGUGAGGUUUCCACAUCGGAUUUGUAUAUCAAUUUGCAUUGUAAUACACCAAUAUUAGAAAUUUAUCAAUUUAUUUAUCAAGAAUUAGUUAAAAAAUUAGACAAUUUUAAUAUUGACUACGAUAGUCUACUAAAGAAACAUGAAUCUUCUAAUAGUAAUAGUACUAGUAGUAUUCAUCACAGAAAUUUACUAUUUUUACUUGAAAAAUGGUUUUCGCCAGAAUUUCAAGAUAAUAACGAUAAAAAACCCUUAUUUAUGGAGCAAUUUAAUGAAUUAAAAACCUAUUCAAAGUUGGAGGCAGAAUAUAUGUGGUUGAGUUGGAGAUCUCAACAAUUAGAUGGAAUAAUUACUGUUUUAGAAGAUAAUUACAAUCUAGUUAAGGAGGAGUACCAAGAUGUCUUGACUAGUUUUGAUGAAACAUCAAAUAUUUAUAAAAAUGCACUGGUUAUAAAAGAUGAAUUAAUCAAAACCAUCGAAUUAUAUAAAUCUAGCGAUGGUUUGACUACUAUUGCCGGUAAUUCCAUAGUGUCCCCUCUUAGAAAUAAAGCUACCAAAAAUUUGACUUUAUCCGAUAGAAUUAAAUGGGAAAAGUGGAAAUUAAAAUUAAAAAAUAGCUAUGACAUUGAUAUUGGUGAUAUUGAUGAUUCACUAAAAAGGAAAGACGAAAUUAUGGAAAAGAUUAUCCAAUUGAAGCAGAUAAAAUUUAAAAAGACAAAUGUUAAAGAGCAAAAAUGCGACCAAAUUGAUGAUGAUUCUUUACCAAGUAUUGCUCAUAAAAAAGAGAUAGAAGAUUUAAAUAGUGAAAAUUUUCUUAAAAUUAAAAAAAUUAUAUGUGAAACUUCAAAAUACUCAAAAAAAAAAGUUAUUUUUGAUACUGACAGUGAAAAUGAAGGGAAAUGUACUUUUAAAUUUAAGGAAUUAAAUUUAAUUAUCAAAGUUGACCAUUCCCUACCUGAUGUUGAUCAAAAUAACAUAAUUUUUGAAAUGGAUGAACCAUUCGAUAAUUUUUUGAGUGUAUGGUGGUAUAAUACAUAUUUCAAGAAAAUUAAAAAUAAGAUAUAUGAGGGCACAGGGAAUGAUGCAAUGUUCACCAAAUUGCAUGAUAUUGUCGACAAAAUUAAUAUAUUUUAUCAAAUUUUGAUAAAUAUAACCAAUUUGACCUACAUAUAUUCCACCAAAUUGACCCAACAAAACUCAAUACAAUCGACAGUAAUUAAGUUUGAUGUUUUAACAAAUUUAUAUAAAUUAACCCUUAGUUUUACCGGCCAACAGAUUAUCGAUUUAAUCCUAAACAAUGCAAGUAACAAUAAUAAACUUGUUACCCCUGUAAAGGUUGAGAAACAGUUUUAUAGUAAUGACGUUACAGUGCAUUCAACUGAUCUUUUUACUGGUGGUGUUCUUUCAAUAUUGCCAUGGUUGAAACGUAUUGUUAUUUAA